AUGUGGUGUGAUGCUAGAAGGUCAAAGAAGGCUCUAGAACUAUCACACAAGAGGUUAGCAACAACGAUCUACCUCAAACAGGACAGGGCAGGACAUGGUAGUAUAGAAGGAUUUAUAUUAGCAUUAGCAUUAGCUAUACAUAAUUUAGCAGAUAUUAUAAAUAUAGGAACCGCCUUAGCUUAG